AUGCAGUUGCCGCAGCACGAGGCCCGCCUCGCCGUGAUUGCCGAGCUGCAAAAGACAGACCUGGAGUGGACGCGAAUCCACAACGGCUAUUUCCUGGACUAUUUCGGCGUGCCGCACGUCGAGAGCCACAUGACGCCCGUCGCGUUCACCGUGGACAUGGCCAACAAGGCGGCCGCCAUCCCAGGCACGGGCGACGACGUCGUCGCCUUCACAUACACCAGGGAUUUGGCUAAGUUUGUCGUCGCGGCACUCGACCUGCCAGCAUCAUCAUGGGACGAGGCAAUGUUCUGCUACGGGGACAAGGUGACGUGGAACGAGUUCCUGCGUGUGGCUGAAGAAAUGAGAGGUUCAAAGUUCACGGUCGCAUACGAUAGUGUUGAGAAGUUGCAGAAGGGCGAGAUGACCGAGCUGCCCUCCCAUCCUGCGGUCUACCCUUUCUUCCCCAAGCCGAUGUUUCAGCAGUAUUUCAGCAAGUUCGCGUUGUAUGUCACGAUGGGGUUGUUUGACUUGCCGGAGGAUGGGUCUCUGAAUAGGGAAUUCCCGGACAUCAAGCCCACCACGGUCAGAGAGAUGCUCAGUGUCUGGGUUGGCAAGUAG